UUUCUAAUUGUAUUUUUUAUAAUAUCGACUGUUUUACUUGCAAUCUUCGGUGUUAUUUUGUGGAAAAAUUACAACUAAUUUGACUUGAAGAAGUUCCUGAUACAAUUGCCAAUCGAUUAACAAAUAUCUGCUAUUCGUACAAAUUCAAGUUAAACCAAAAAUCGAGUUUGUAAAGAGGAUAAUUUUCAUGGUCUAGCAGUGGAGUGGUGAUUUUUACACUUACAAAAUUACCUGCUGCUUCUUAUGACGACAUUUUUUAUUUUACAUUUUUGUCUUCAUUAGUAAAAGGAGAACUUUUUUUAAUUACGAAUAACAAAAUUUUAUUAUAAAAAUUAAUUAAAUUUAGGAAAAUUUCAAAGUUAAUAAAUUAUUUCCAUCUCCUUUUUUAGUGUUCAAAGACUUGAUUUUAUUUGCGCCUCAUAUUUGCAUAAAAACCAAUAAGUAUGAUUAUUUUAAAACGAAACUCCAAAGAAAAUCUGUUUGAGUGGCAAUACUCUGAUUGAAAUCGAAAAAAAAUAAUUGGUUUGAACUAAGAGUUUUAUAUACAUAUAAUACACGCAAUAAUCUGAAAUUGUAACCAGAAAAACAAACUCAAAGUAAAGAAAAUGUUUGGAACUGCAGAGAAAACCACCAAUGUAUGUCAUCAAAUACUGCAACGUGAAACGAACACUAAUAGAAAUCCCAAAGCAUUUGCUGGUAACCUAUUUCGAGAACGCUUUCGCAUUGCAAAAAAUCUUUUUAAAACUGAUUUGAGAGGCCAUUUUGGUUGUGUCAAUGCUAUAGAAUUUUCCCAUGGUGGCAGAUACUUAGCAUCAGGAGGAGAUGACAAACGUGUUUUGGUUUGGGAUGUGGAAAAGUCAUUAUCUGGAAUAUCAACACCUCGAGCUUUGGCCACUGAACAGGCCAGUAAUAUAUUCUGUUUGGGCUUUGAUAGUAAAAAUCGUAAAUUAAUUUCUGGUGGUAAUGAUACCUUAGCCAUUUCUCACGAUUUUGAGACUGGCAAGUUAGAUAACGUUUUCAAACAUGAUGGACCAGUGUAUGGACUAUCGAUAGAUCCACAAAAUGAUAACGUUUUUUCUACAGCUUCUGAAAAUGGUGAAAUAUUGUUGUUUGAUCAACGAUCGACUGUACCUACAGUGGUCGCUUCAGUGCCAUCAUCUUUUCAUGCAGUCGAAUUCCAUCCAACAAUGGGAAAUCUUUUAGUUACAGCCAAUUCUAAACGUGGCGCUACUCUGUAUGAUAUACGUAAACCCAAACAGCCUGUUAUAUUGUAUGGUAAUUUGGGAAACCCUCGUAGCUGUAUGAGUGUACGAUUCAAUCGUACAGGUAAAUUGAUACUGGGCUUGCGUAGACGUUUGCCGCCAAUAUUGUAUGAUGUCAAUUCUCCUGAUCCGAUUUGCACAUUUUAUCACAGCAAUUAUUACAAUUCAUGCACCAUGAAAAGUUGUACUUUCGCCGGCGAAGAUGAUGAAAUGGUUAUUUCUGGCUCUGAUGACUUUAAUCUAUAUGUUUGGCGUUUAUCCGAUAUUGACUUGUAUGGCACUGAGCAAUGGGUGGAAUCAACGCAAAUGGUUUUAUAUGGUCAUCGUUCAAUUGUGAAUCAAGUAAGAUAUAAUCGUCAGAAGUGUUUGUUGGCAUCAUCUGGCGUAGAAAAAAUAAUCAAGAUAUGGAGUCCCUUUUCACAACACAAUUGGAAUGGUUCCUUAACCGAGGAAGCCUCCUGUUCGGAUAAUCCUCGUGAAUUGUAUUCACCAUAUAAUUUAUUUACCAUGGCUCUGCCAGAAAAUUGGCAUCAUCUGUCCCAUGAUUAUAGCAGUGAAAACACUAAUGAAGAUCCUCGUAUGAUGGCCUUCUUCGAUUCUUUGAUUCAACAAGAAAUAGAAGAGUGGGAAACCAAUAGUACUACAGACGUAUCACAGGAAGAAGAUCGUAGUAUUAGUUCGUUCUUCAGUUGCGGCAGCACCAGUAGUAGCAAUAGCAGUAGUAGUGACAGCAGUAGCAGCAGUAGUAGUUCGAGCAGCAGUAGCUCUUCCGACAGCGAUAGCGAUAAUGAGAAUAAUGCCACACGGGGCAGAAGACGCUCCAAACGACAAGCAAUGAUGCGCAGACAAACUCAACGGAAACAACAUAAUAAAAAGAGUAAACUAGCUAAAGUCAAAAUUAAUCAAUUGCAAAAGCCAACCAAUCGCAUUGCUUACUUAAUUGCCAAGAAACGUAAUACUUUAAGACGCCUAGCUAUAAAAGGGGCCUCUCUUAAUAACAGACGUUCAAACAAGCUAGCUAUUGUUGUCAACGGACGUAAACGUAGUACCAAUUCGAAGCAAAAUCAUCGUCAACGCUCUGUGCGACGUCGUCAGGAACUAAAAACACGUGUCAGUAACAGUCUAAAUAAUGAAAAACCUACUACAUCGGCUGCUGCGGCAGCAGCUUUGGCUGAAACUUCACGACCGCACCACAAGGUUCAAAAGAAGAAACCUAAAAUAAAGUCAGAUUCGAAUGUAUCUUCAGAAGAGGAUUCCGGUAACUUUGCUAUAAGCAAUUCUAGUCGUUCUAACGCUGCAAACACUUCCUCCUCUUCCAAUAAUAACAACAACAUAAAUGUACCAAGCACUAGCACUGGCAUAACGUCAAAUUUCCGGGAUGCUUUUCUACGCCUGAGCCGGCAAAUAUUCAUGUCAGAUUCUGAAGAUGAUGAUGAUCUUGAUGGUGACGCCAACAAACAAAAUAAUAAUUUAAAUACCAGUAAUGAAGGGGGGGUGCCGGAGAAAAAACCCAAUGGUGUCGUACACCAACCUACAAGUUCAAAAACGAACAGCUCCACUUCGAAAGAAUCUCGCACAAACUCUUCGAGAUCCUUAAGAUCCAACCAACGGCCCAGAAACUCUGCAGCAAUCAACGUGAUUAAUACAAUUGAAACAAUACUACCUCAAAUAAAUCAUCCUACAAAUAAUGAAAGUCCUUUAAAUAACAUUAAUAAUAACGAAGACUACGAUGAUGUUGAUCACAAUCGAAAUAAAAGCCGUAGUGGGUGUAGAAAAAUUAAUGGCAGCCAGAGGAUGUCUCCAUUACUAGAUACGGAUGGCACAGCUGGUCUUGGAAGUAGCGGUUCUGGUAAAAGUCAUAAGAAAAGACGUUGCGCCGACAUAGAUGUAUUGGACGAUUUUCCAACUACAAGCUCAAGGAACUCAAAUAACAGUUAUCGGAAUGAUUUAUUUGAAGAGAACACAACAUCCACCACUUCCACAUCAAAUGCAUCUCAAUCACAAAGAGAUGUUUCACUGAAAUCGUCAACAACUCAUCCACUCCUGAAAAGGCGUAAAAUGUCCAUAAGUGAUUACAUCAAAGUUCGCAGUGACUUUAAUAACGGCAGUCUUGAGGAACAGCUGGAUGAAGAUGAAGUUGAGUUUAACAAUAAUGAAACAAACAAUAAUGAUAUAUUUGCCCUUGAAGAAGGCAAUAUCAACAAUAAUGGACAAUUAACGCCUCAAAGGCCCAAUUUAAAUAACAGAGAUCACAAUAAUGAGGAUAAUUAUGAAUAUGCUAUAUCUUCAUCUCAACACAAUAAUAACAAUUCCUAUAUGUUCACGCCCGACAGCGGUGUCAGCUUAAAUAACUCUACUACACCUAGUACAAUAGAUCACAACGAUAUUCAGGCUUCCACCUCCACAACUACAACGAGAAUCGGCACAUACCUUUCACCCUGUUACGAACACAACGACUGUGAUGUUAAAAACGUAGACGAACAUGAAGGUGAUGACGACGAAGGCGUUGUCGUUAUCAACAAGCGUAAAACGAAUUUAAAUCAAUUUCAGCAAAAAGUUGCUCGUGUGCGUCGUAAUUAUAGAAAACAAUUUUUUGAUGAUACCGAAAGUGAUUAAACUUUAUUAUAAAAUCUCCCCAUCUAGCUUCAACAUCGUCAUAAUUUUAUAUUAGCAUUAUUACAUUUGUUUUUAAUUCCAUAUAUACUCCAAAUCACCAUGCCACUCAUAUAAAUAAUAAUAUUAUACAAACAAACAUACAUACAUACAUAUAUAAAUAGGAGAUACGGAAAUAAUACAAGACUUACACUCACUCUCACUAAUGCCACUAAAAAGAAAAUACAAAUUAUAAAUUACUACAUUCAAAAGUAUAAGUGCGUAUAUAGUAUGUAAGUAAUUCCUUUCCAAUCAGUAGUCAGCCACCCGGUUGUCCAUUUAAGCCGAUUCACACGCGACUGCUGCUCACACUCUUCUCACAAUUUAACAUAUAACAACAAUUAAAGGAAAAGAUCAGCUUUUGAAAAACAUCAUUUAUUUUCUGUGAAUAUUUCAAAAAUAUACAAUAUAUUAUAAUAAUUAUUAAUUAAUGUAUUAUUUGUCUUAAUAAUUCAGCAAUGUAAACAUUUAAAUAUUUAAUUUAAUAAAUGAAAAUUGCAUUUGAAAAAAUCAA